AUGCCUUCAAUAAUAAAAAAUUCAAACAAAUCCACCAAACUGAUCGGUUUAGUAGCUAGCGUAUCAUUUCUUCUAUCGGCGGCGGGUUUUACAACAUAUAUCAAUUCUAAUACACUCAAUUGGGAAGAUCAGGCACAGAUAGAAGAACAAUUAUACCUUAAUUCUAUUGAACGUCAAUUUUUUUCAUUAUCUAUCGUAAAAGAAUUAAAAAAUGAUUCAUCAUAUAAGGAAUCAAGAGGUUAUGAUUUUGUUAAAGAGGAACGAUUAAAAAAUCAUUUUACCGCCGGAACUUUGAGAGGAAAAGGAAAAUUUGUCGCUAGACCUUUGAUUUUCUUUUCAGAAGAAAAGAAAGAAAGUGUCGUUAUUUUGCAUGUUGGAAGUGAUAUGUGUGGUCAUGAUGGAAUCGUUCAUGGUGGAUUAUUAUCAACUAUCAUGGAUGAAUUAUUGGCAAUAACUUCCAUUCCUUGCUUGCCUGAUAAAAAUGGCGCCACCGCUUAUUUACAUGUAAAUUUUCGUAAACCAUGUAAAUCAGAUCAAAUUUUAAUUGGGCGUUGUAAAACUACCAAAUUGGAAGGAAGAAAAGGGUUCGUUGAAGGAACUUUAGAAACAUUAGACGGUAUUAAAUUAGUUGAUGCUAAUGCAUUAUUUAUCACCUCUGAAGCAUGGUUUCAUGAAAUCUUUUCACAGUUUUCAAAAGAGGAACAGGCUGUUCUUUUGCAAGAAUUUGGAGAAUUCGCUUCCGAUAAUAUAAACGAUCAAAAAAUUGGAAAGAUUCGUGAUGCAGGAGUAACAGCUCUAAGCAUUAAAAAUCAUCUUCCUUCCGUAUUAGGAGAACAUUUAAAAGAUGGAUUUGUACAAUAUUUUCAAAUACAAACGGCAACAAUUGGGAAACAACUUUCAUCAGAAAAAUUAGAAAAGUUGACAUUACAACCAUCAUCUUCUUUACAUAUAACUCAACUUGGAUUCAUUUCUUCAAUUCAUAAUUUAGCUAAAACAACACUUUCAGAUCAAUCCCAAGCGGCUUUUAUCGUUGGUCAUUUACAUCAAGGAUCUUUAAAAACUUUUAUUCAAGAAGUUGUAAGAACUUCGAUAGUUUACUGGUUUGAAGGAGCUUAUAUUUCUCAAACUGGUCAAGUAAGGAAAUCAAAAAAUAAAGGGAAAAAAAAAUCUUUUUUGGAUUCAGAUGACACAAAUUUAAUUGAUUAUUUAAUUUUAUUUCCAAAAUUAAAACAUGGUGAACCUGAAGAGGAUUCACUUUUUAAUUUAAUUAAAGAAGCGGAAAUUGAAGGACAUUUUAAUAGAGGUUCAUUUAUGGAUUGGUAUAUUAAAAAUACACCUUUUCAACAUUUAUUUAAUAUCCUGCUUUCUUGUGUAUUCCUGCCUAAGAAUUUACCUCAGGAUUCGAUUAAAACGUUAAGAUUUGCCAAUUCGGUUUCUCCAGAAAUUUAUUCUCCAUAUAAAGCUUUACCAAAUUUCUCACAACUUUUAACACCUUCGGAUUAUUAUGUGUUGAAUAGCCAUUUACCGCCAGAUUGUCGUGUCACCACACACAAGCUAUUAUUCUCCUCAGUCAGAGAUGGAGAUAGUUGGAGUACAUUCAUUAAUUCCAUAUUAUAUCAAGGUUCAACUUAUAUUAUAAUAAAAGAUAAAGAUGGUUAUAUAUUUGGUGGUUUUACUAAUGAAGAUUGGGAACUUAAGCCAAAUUGGUAUGGAAAUGAAAAGAAUUUCUUAUUUUCCAUUAAACCUAAAUUGAGAUUGUAUCCUUCUACCGGGUAUAAUGAUCAUUAUCAAUAUUUAAAUUAUGGAACGAAAACUUUGUCUAACGGGUUGGGAAUGGGAGGACAAUUCGAUUUUUGUGGAUUAUGGAUCGAUUCAGAUAUUAUUAACGGCCAUUCAAAAGCAACACCAUUAUCAUCGACCUAUAGUAGUGCACAACUGUCAAAGAAGCAGGAGUUCAAAGUAGAUGAGAUUGAAGUUUGGCUUGUUAAACCAACAGAAAAAGAUCCUGAUGAAAUACCUAAAGGACCAAAAGGUUCUGCAUUGGAUAAAAAUCCAGCAGAAUUGGAAUUAUUACAAAUGGCUACAAAUAGGAAAAUGUAUUCAAAGGAUGUUAGAGAUCCUAGUUUGUUUAUUUAUGAAGAGGAGUAA